AUGGGUGACAUAAAAAUGCAAAUUGGCAUCGGAAUCCCCAUCAAUGCUAAAAAUAAUCCUCGGAGAAAAGGCAAAGAGCAUGUGAAAGCAAUAACACUUAGAUUGGGCAAAGUACUGAGUAGCCCAAAAAAUCCUACUUCGGAGGUAAAUAUGGAGAAUGCCGACGACCCUCAAGAGAAAUCCCUAGAAACUGAAAAUGAACUAGAGCUAGAGGAGAAAAUUGCACCGGCAGUUGAACCAAAAAGGAAAAACAUUAAAGAUGAUGUCGUUACAAAUAUCUCAUUCCCUUUAAGACCAGAAGAAAAAAAAAAAAAGGCAGAACAAGAAGAAGAGGCACAUGAAAGUGAAGAGGAAGGAGAGGAGGAGGAAGAGGAGUACGAAAGCGAGGAGAUGGAUUUUGAGGAAGGAGAUUGA